AUGUUCCCCCAGCCCUGCAGCAUCGCCAUGGAGAGAGAACCACUGAUGAAGCGUGGUCACCAUGGUUACCAGCAUGUUCCUGAGGAGGUCAGCAUGGAGGAGAGUCUGAGCAGAACUCUGACCAUCCGCGAAGACCAACGGGAGAAACUUGAGCUGUUUGUGAAGGAGAGAGGGGACGGUAAAAUCAAGUCCUAUGGGGAGAUCUAUUUCUCCGGAUUUGGGAACCUCACCCAAACCUCCCCCUUUGUGAAGGUGACUCCGGACGUUGACCCCGCCGUCCUGUGGGACCUCAUGAUGAAACACUGGCACCUGAAGAAACCCAGCCUCAUCGUCUCCGUGGCGGGAGGAGCCCAGAAGUUCUUCCUGAAGAACCGGCUGAAGGACGCCUUCAUAAGGAGCCUGAUGAAAGCAUCGCAGUCUACAGAUGCCUGGAUCCUGACAGGCGGGACGAACUCCGGCAUCAUGAAGUGUGUGGGCGAAGCCGUCAGGGACCAGGUCAGCAACUUCGCCACCUCACCUGUCGCCAUCGGCAUCGCUACAUGGGGGUCAAUAGACAACAGGAAAAGUCUAGAGCCUCACGAGGCCGGGCGGAAGGACGUCUUUCCCGCCAUCUACUACUGCGAUGAGCUGGACAGACAGAAGGAGACGGCUGCUCUGGACCUGAACCACACCCACUUCAUCCUGGUGGACGACGGGAGCGAAAAGGUGUUCUCCGACUCCGACAUCAUACUGAGGACUGAGCUGGAGCAGCACAUCAACAGUGAGGUGGCUUUGGGCAAAGAUCUGGGCGUCCCUGUGGUGGUUCUGGUGGUAGAGGGAGGGCGGUACACGCUGAGGACCGUGUCUGAGGCGGUGGAGAGGCAGAUACCUGUCGUCGUGGCCGAGGGGAGCGGACGGGCAGCCGACAUCAUCGCCUACGCUUACAAGAGAUGGAAACGGAUCAAGCAAAGGAGAAAGAUCACCAAAGACCUGUGGGACCGGAUCGGAAAGGCGUUUGAUCUCCCGAGUGAUGAAGAAAUGACGCAGGCAGCAAAAAUGAUCCUCAACAUCGUCAACAACAGCACCUUUGUGACCCUUUUCAAGCUCGAAGAAGGAGACACGGUGAACAUUGACGAGGCGUUAUUGAGGGGUUUGUUGAAAGCCGAGAAGUCGCACCCCAAGAACCAGCUGCAGCUGGCGCUGGCCUGGGACAGGAGUGACAUCGCCCGUCAGGAGAUCUUCACGCCGAGCAGGCGACAAAAGUUGCAGCUGAUUGACAAGUACGCGUACAUGGAGACUGCCCUUCUGCAGGACAGAGUGGAGUUUGUGCAGUUGUUGUUGGACAACGGGGUGGAACUCCUGCACUUCUUGACAGUGAAGAGGCUGCACAAACUCUACCACGAAGUAAAUAUCAAAGACGCACACAGCAGAAGACCUUCAGUAGUGGUCAGGCGUCUCCUAAGUUACCAGAUGAAGACGGUGUACAACCCUGCUCGCCGUCGUUCCCAGGGCAGCACGUCUUCGUUCCGACGACAGAGCGACGUCCCAGACGAGGUGGACUUCCCCGCUCCUGACACUACUGACGGUCCUGAGACUGACCUGUUCCUGUGGGCCGUCCUGACCAACAAAAAAGAUAUGGCGAGGCUAUUCUGGAGGAUGGGAUCCGAUCACAUCGCUGCAGCGCUCUCAGCCAGUAAGAUUCUGAUGUCUCUCGCCGACCUUGCUAAGAAAGAGGAACAACUGGUUCUGCAUCAAGACCUGAUGGACCACGCGAGGCAGUUGGAGUGUGACGCCCGGGGAGUGCUGGAGGAUUGUCACCAGAAGAACCGGAGUCAAAGUCACGACCUGCUGGUGCGGCGGCAGGACAGGUGGGGUGACGUCACGGCCAUGGCCAUUGCCGCCUCCUCCCAGCACAUGACCUUCAUGAGCCACGACGCCUGUCAGACCAAGAUGAACCUCGUCUGGAAGGGCAGGAUGGCGUCUUUCACGCAGUGGUGGAAGAUUGUACUGUCCCUGGUGUUUCUGCCGGCAAUCUUCUGGAUCACGUUCGUGGACGACGACGCCGGCGAUGAGAAACGUGACACUCCAGCUGCUGACGCUCCAGACCGGGACAGCUUUGAUAGAAAGCUCUGUAAAGUCAGCCUCAAGGCGCUCCCUUGUGACAUAAAGAAGGGUCGCGUCGGACUGCUCAAAGCCAUCUACUUCCAACAGACGGCACCGGUGUCCAGGUUUAUCUACAAUGCGAUGUUCCAUGUGCUCUACCUGUGGAUGUUCAGCGUGUUUCUGUUGACUGACCUGCGGCCUGGAGUCAUCAGCCCCUGGGAGUGGUUUCUGAGCGUAGUGAUGGCCAGUCUCAUGAUAGAAGAACUCAGACAGGUUGCCACAGAACAUCCGCCCAACUGGUGGUACAAGCUGCGCGCCUGGUACCGGAGCAUGUGGAACCGGAUGGACUUCGUGCUGCUGCUCUCCUUCGCCUUCUCUCUCACUCUGCACAUCAGCAUGGGCGAGAGCAGCUUCGAGGCGGCCCGGGUGGUGUACUCCGUCACCCUCAUCCUGAUGUUCUACCGCCUGCUGCAGAUGUUCCUCGUGCAGAAGGACGUGGGGCCCAAGAUAGUCAUGAUCAAAGGCAUGCUGAAGGACCUGGCCAUCUUCAUGUUCGUCCUGCUGGUGUUCAUCCUUGCUUACGGCGUGGCCAGGCUGUCGCUGAUCUCGCCCGACAGCACCCUGGGCUGGCACCUGCUCGUGGACGUGUUCCGCAUCCCCUACUGGCAGAUGUACGGCGAUCUCUUCACGGACGACGACGGAAACGUUUCCGGCCCGCGGUUCGUGUCGUUCCUCCAGGCUGUCUACAUGCUGGUGACCAACGUCCUGCUGCUCAACCUGCUCAUCGCCAUGUUCAACUAUACUUUCCAGAAGAUCCAGGACGAGUCGGAGGUGCACUGGAAGUACCAGCGGUACUUCGUGAUCGAGGAGUACGUGAGCAGACCCUGGGGGCCGCCUCCGCUCAUCCUGCUGGGGCACGUCUGGAGACUGGCGUACUUCAUGUACAGGCGGCGGGGUUCGUGCUCGGGCCCAGACGCGCCGCGGUCCACGGACUUCGACAAGACUUUCGAAAAAGACAAGGUGCAGAAGCUGAGAGACUUUGAGAGGCUGGGCGCGGAGAACUACCUGCUGCGGGAGCAUCGCGCCAGGAAACACGCCGUGGACGACAGGAACAGGAAGGCUCAUCAGGACGAGAAGUUCCAGGAGCUGGCCUGGGGGUUGGAUGAGAUACGGGAGGACAUGGACGAGUUGAAGAAGCAGCUUCACGCCACAUCGAAGCAGCUCAACGCCGAAGCAGCCCAACACCCGAAAACGUCAAUGCCAUGGCUGUCAAGUUGGGGCCGGUCCUUUGAUAUGGAUGUCCCUGACGGUCCUGUUGAUGAUGCAGACCUGGCUACAGACGGAAUCGAAAGUUACAUCGAAAAUUACGUCACCGAUGAGGAAAUGUCGUCCAUGGAUGAGGGCGAAUUGAGUGACAGUACUGAGCCGGCAUCAGAGAAGUCAGACGAUGAGGAAGUCACAGAGUCAAGAUCACCUGUGUUCCGCAGUGCCGAGCCAGCAUCAGAGAAGUCAGAUGGGGAGGGAGCAACAGAACCAAGGCCGCCAGUCCACAGUACUGAUCCGACAUCAGAACCAAAGCCACCCCUCCGCAGGCUGACAUCCCGCGAGUCCAGUGUGUGA